UAUAGAAUAUAUAUGUGUUUCCAUCACGAGUGUAUUUUCGUGAUUUCAAUUGAUCAAAGUGAAUAUUAUAUACAUACAUAUUCCGCUUAUCGUUCGGAACGCAUAACAUAUGUUCGGGUUAUCACGACCGGAUUCAUAUUUCGUACGUAGAAAAAACUAAAAAGAUCCGUCGAAAACUCGAAAACGGUAUCGUAUUCUUCUUGAUCGGAUCUUCUGUCACUCAAACUACUGUACCUUCGAUCCUUCAUUGCGGACGCGCGAUCAUCUCUUACCUACGCCAACCGAACCAUCAGCCACCAUGUCGUUAUUCAGGUACACGUAUUACGAUACUCCGGACGGUAAGGACCUCAUAAAAAAACUAUUCUACACCAACAAACAAGUGUCCAUCAUUGGGUUUGGACUGGCGACAUCAGAAAUCAUCCUGGUCAGCAAACCUUUUGGAUAUCUGAACACUGCGUACAGAUAUGGCCAGUUGAUGGGACCAAUGUUUGCCGCCACCUCGACGUUCUGCUUGGUGACGCACAUUGCCACCAACGUACGUGGAAAAGAUGACAUGGUGAACUAUGCCAUUGGCGGUUUCUCCACCGGCAUACUGACGGGAUUACUUAUAAAUCAAAAAAUGGUUGGUUUUUGGAUGGCAGUUUCGUUAGCAUGUAUUGGUGCAGCUAAGAAGCAUUCAAAGCUUAACAAUUACGAAUUCUACCCCACUUAUCCUAAAACUCGUAAACCCAUACACGGAGAUUUCAGAACACCAUACAAUAAUUGGACUUUAUAUGAAAACCGACCAAAAGGAUGGAUAGCUGCUGAAGAACGACAGGAAUAAAUAAGAAUAUACCAACAGCAGUUUGUAAUAAUGAAUAAGUAUGUGAGUUUACAAUUUAUUUAGUUUUAAUACAUUACACAUAAUAUGUUUUGUUUGUUAUAUAGUGUUUGAUUUGAAUUACAAAUACAUAUUUAUAAAACAUAA